AUGGUUCCAAAAGCUGAUCACUCUUCUUCAACAAUUUGGAUUCCGCUUGGCCAAGUCUCCCUCUUCCUUGGCAUUCAAAUCACAAAGAACAAAAUCGGCUACUUCCUGGACCAAAGUCAUUAUGCCCAACAGCUCCUGCUUAAGUCCAACCUCGCAGAAUGCAGCACGGCUCCGACACCGGCCAUUCCAUCAAAAGCAAAUCCGGAAAAUUCUGAUCCUCCGUUCUCCGAUCCAAAGCUUUACCACAAGUUAGCCGGAUCACUCCAAUAUCUCUCAGUCACUCGUCCGGAUAUUGCGUUCGCCACCAACCGCAUAUGUCAGCAUAUGCAUGCUCCAACCGAGCAACACUUCAAGUCUCUAAAACGCUUGCUCCGGUACAUCAAAGGCACCCUUCAUUAUGGUCUGCCUCUUACGCUCGGCAAUCUCCAACUAUCGACGUAUACCGAUGCCGAUUGGGCGUCCGACAAUACCGACUGGAAAUCAAUUUCGGGUUUCUACACAUUCCUAGGAGACAACUUAGUCUCCUGGACAGUCAAAAAGCAAGCGACGGUUGCCAGAUCAUCCACCGAAGCGAAAUAUCGGGCGCUCGCCGCUGCAACUAUUGAAGUUAUUUGGUUACGCCGCCUGGCCAAAGAACUCCAGAUACCUCAACAUUCUCCUACCAAGAUCUACUGUGAUAAUACCUCAGCUAUCUCUUUAGCCAAUAACCCAGUCUUUCACGCACGUACCAAACACAUUGAGAUCGACUAUCACUUUAUUCGACAACAUAUAGACUCCAGCUCCAUCACCGUCCACCAUGUCAGCUCUGGAAAACAGAUCGUCGAUGUCCUUACAAAGCCUCUACCAACAAAUCUCUUUGAACAGCUUCGUCACAAACUGACCAUUUGGCCAUCGAAUGCUCACUUUGCGGGGGGCUCUUAG